AUGCAUUUCUCUUUUGAAACAAUUCCAGCCUUUGUGUGGGCAUUAAUAACUACCUAUGCUAUUUAUUGGAUUAAGAAUUCAAGAUUAAGUAAAAAUGAACCUCCAAUGGUUCCAUAUAAAAUUCCAAUAAUUGGCCACACAUUAAAUUAUUUAUUUAAUGCCAAAAAUUUUAUGGCCGAAUGUCGGCAAAAAUAUGGUGAUCCUUUCAAUAUUUAUGUCUUUAGUCAGGUGAUGACUAUCGCCGGAAACGAAAUCGCUCAUGAAGUUUUUAGGACCGAUGUUUUUAGUUUGUCCAGUGCUACGCGAGAUACAUUUCCUUUGCAUCGUGUUUUAAAAAGUUUUGAUGAACCUGAAACGAUAAAACGAGUAGUGAAAACAAUACGUGAAGGAAUUACUGCAAAAUUACCUUUAUACACUGGAAGAAUGCAAAAACAACUUAUGAUUUCUAUUAAUAAGGAAAUCGGAGAUUGUUCUAACCCUAAAUUUUUUAUCACGGCGAAUAAAGAUUUCUCAAGCAUAAUUGCCCGUCCAGUAGCUGAUAUUUUAGUUGGACAGAAACAUUUGAGACCUGUAUUAGAGAAAAGAUUGAAAGAUAAAGAAAUUCUUGAUGAUAAAUAUGAACCACCUCUGGAUAUAAUUGAAUAUUUAUUGAAAAAUCCCGAAUACGAAACAAAAGUUAUUACUGAUGAUUACUUGAAUAAAAUCUGUGACUUUUUAUUUAUUAUUAUCGUUGUCUCUAUUCAUACCACUUCUCGUCAUCUUACUAGUGCCCUUUAUGAUUUUGCCGGAAGACCUGAAUUAUGGGAUGAUAUUUAUGAAGAACAAGUAAGAAUUGAUAAAGAAUGCAAUGGAGAAUUAUCAUCUCAACAUAUUAACAAAAUGGUGAAAUUGGAUAGUUUUCUGAGAGAAUCUUUAAGGACUAUUGAUACUGUGGGCAUGUAA